AGCACCCCACAACCACCCUUCCCCCUCCCGCGACCCCCCUAUUCCCAAGGCUGUGCGGUCGCUUCCCGAGAUCGUGGAAGGUUCCCUGACUUGGGAACUAGCGAGAGUCGGGAAUGUUGGGGUCUGUUGUUUAUGGCUUGUAAUCUCCUUUUGAUCAUCUCCCUCUCUAAAUAACUUUGAGUUACCCAAGAACGAAAUGAAACUGAUUCUUAAUUCAAAUAAAAGCUUGGGCUGGAUUUUAAAACUUAUGUAGAUCAGGCAUGCAGAGCUGCUGAGGAAUUUGUCAAUAUUUACUAUGAGACAAUGGACAAAAGGAGACGGGCACUAACCAGGCUGUAUCUAGACAAGGCCACUUUAAUAUGGAAUGGAAAUGUUGUUACAGGGCUGGAAGCCCUAACUAAUUUUUUUGAGAUGUUGCCUUCUAGUGAGUUCCAGGUCAAUAUGUUAGAUUGCCAGCCAGUUCAUGAGCAAGCUACUCAGGCGCAGACUACAGUUCUUGUUGUGACCAGUGGCACAGUGAAGUUUGAUGGCAACAAACAGCACUACUUCAACCAGAACUUCCUGCUGACUGCUCAGUCUAGUCCUACCAAUACCGUGUGGAAGAUCGCAAGUGACUGCUUCCGUUUUCAAGAUUGGGCUAGUAGUUAAAGGGGGCAGAAGUCCAUUCUCUUUUGGUCCAUUAGUUCCAGCAACAGAAAUUUAUGUGAAUUAAUUCAUUUCAUUGUGGAAGCACUGUAAACUAGUAUGUGCCGAAACUAAAUUUCUUUAAUAUUUUUUUUCUUCCUAGCAGCACCUUUACUAGCAGCUGCAGUUUGGAUCAUUGCCCUUGCGAGCCUAAAUGCCAGUUUUCUACAUGCCUUAUAUAUGUUUGACUAAUGACAUUCUAAUAGUAACAUUAAACCCAUGAUCUCUGUGCUAACAUACUCACUGUGAGCCCAGCAUAUCGCAAAAAUGAAAUCCUUUUAUAGUCCUGUCUAUGGGAUAUCAGCACAACAUAACUCUCUAGGAGGAAGUGGAGUGGGGUUUUUUUGUUGUUGUUAUUAGGUUAAUUUUGUAGUACAACACGUACCUAUUUUUGGUAAACACUGGUAAUGUAGUUUUCAUUCUAAGGCUUUUUCAGAUCAGUUCAAUGAACACAUUACUGAUAGAGGUUUGCAUAACUACCCUGACAUCCUAGAAUCACAUGUAGAGAUGUUCAGUAGUCUUUUUAUAUUAAGUAAUGUGGUAUUUUUAUGUUGGCAUGUUUUCUUAUGAAGUGAAUUAAUCUACUAGAGAGGUGUGAAAUGUUCUUGGUUGAUGCCUGAGUGUUGGACAUACUCAGUGGCUUAAAAGUAAAACUUCUUAAAAAGCUUUUUCUUGGCAGCUCCAGGUCUAUAAUUUUAGGUAACGAAUGGUAGUAGGACUAAUAGCUUUAAUGGGAGAAUGAGGAGUGAGAAAUGUAGGGAUCCGAGGUUGGCCAGAAGCAAGGAGAGGUGGCCAAAUGGUAAAUUUUUGGUACUUGUUUUCUACCUCCAAAAAGUGUAGCCAGUUUUUAGGAUUUAAGUCAUUAAGGUAAUAAGUAUACUUGCCAAAUGGUCAUGGUGUCACGUUUGUUCUAAAAAUUAUUUUAAAUGUUUUUCCAGUUCACCUCAUACUUACCACCAAUAUAUGUCUCAAUUUAUUCAAGAACUUAUGGGGGUAAAAUGUCAGCAAUAAGCCUGACCCUGCAGCAGGGUCUGACAGGAAAGUGGGAAACAAAGCCAUUGCUCUCUCUUUGGGACCUUAACUUCUAAGUCUUCCAUGUGACUUCAGGCCAAAAGUCUCCUAUGUAUUACCCACCCCCAAAGUAAGUGACCUGUUCCCUGUGUUUACACUGUCAACUGCACAAUCGUUUUCCUCCUUAACCUUAAAAUUAUUUAAUCUUAUGAUUUGUUCUUCUAUAUGGCAUUGAGCAAAUAGAUCUGUUACAAAACAUGUUCCUGUUAUGUGGCUAAUAGCUGUUUUAGAGAAAAUAGAGAGCAGCAGAUCUUUAUAAGCCCAUAAACUUCAAAAGAACAAAUUGAUCCAUUUUAUGUCUCAGCGUCUAAAGAGAAAGAAAUCUAGCUUUGGUUUGUGGUUAAACUUUAAACAUUUUUCCAUUCUUGAAUUUAUUGUUUUCAUCUUUUUACAUUAGAUGUGGCAGCUUUGUUUCUGCAUUACAGCCCAGAGUUAAUGUUUCUUACCAUUUAGUUUGAAAAUCAGUAAUUCAUUUACUCUUGUCUCAAACUAUUCAUUGCAUUUCUGAUAUAUUAACAGAAUAGAAUUAAAUAGGCGAAAGGGACAGAACUGAAAUUUAGACAACACCUUCUUGUACUGAUUAAAACUUACACAUUGUAUUCUACUCAAAAUUAGCUUAUUCUAAUUUUGGAUUGGCUUUUCAAAGCCAGUUUUAGCAGCAACGAUCAGAUUGCCCAAAUACUGCCCUUUCCCUUAAGGAGAACAGUCUCAAGUAAAAGCUGCAUAUAACUAGCAAUAAUUGAAUUGAGUGGUUCUAUACUAUUCAUGAAUUGAAUGUUUUAAGACUUGUAUAUGAAUUGCUUUUUCCAAACUCUGUGUAACUUUUAAAUGGCUGGAACUAUGCUUACAUGGACUAGACUGUAUUUUUGACAUGCAGAUAUUUUUGUAAGUUGAAAAAAAUAAAAUUUGCCUUGUGACAAGUUUUCUCAA